AUGGCCCCGAAGAAGGACAAGAAGAAACAGAACGAACCCGUUCAGCCGGAGCUGGUCACUGCAUACAAAGCACGUGAGCCCCUUGCGGCGGUUGAGCCUCCGGACGUCUCUGAGGUGGACGCUCAGUGGAAGGCUUUGCGCGACCAGUAUGUUCAACCCCUUCCAGCUUGGAAUGCGGAGAAUGUCGACGCUAUGGAGUGGAAGCCGAACGAGACGGAGGAACCUUUCGUCAGCAAUCAGUUCUCAGUCUUUGCAAUGCCCAGAAGUUUCGCUGCACUUGUUGCCGGCUGGCGCCGAGCUGGCGCAUCUGCCCUUGCGAAGGGGGACCUUCUUCCAGAGGAGCCCGAGCCGCAGGCCCAGCCGAUUCCAGACUUGAAAGAAGAGCCUUCGGAGCCCGUCCCGGACGCGAAAGCCAAAGCUAAACCGAAAGCGGACACAAAAGCCAAAGCUAAAGGCAAAAAUCAGCCAGAGGAACCGCCCGAGAAGCCAACCACCAUGCAGCAAUAUGCGGACUGCACUUACGAGGGUGAGGCUCGGGUGGUCAGCCAAGCUGAAUUCCGCUCCCGAGAGCUGCUGCUUGAUUUAGACGAUGCCGCGCCACAGCUGAGUCAAGCUAUCGCUUCUCAGAUUGCAGCCGUGGCAGAACACAGACUUCUGCUUCCUGGGGGGUGUUUUCUGUGGGAAUUGAUACACCCACAGGACGAAGAAGGACUGCCGCUGUACAAUCCUCAUGGAAAGUACGUUGUCAAGCUUUUCGUUCAGGGCAAAUGGAGACAAGUUGCCAUUGAUGAUGUAGUUCCAGUUGGAUACGCGAUGCAUGGUAACAAUACAUAUGCCUCGCUUCUUCCAAGCCAUCAGGACAUCAACAUCAUCUGGCCACAGCUCUUGUCAAAGGCUUUGAUUCAAGCCUUCCAGGACGACCUCAACAUGCCACUUCUGCCUUGCAUUACAGCGCUUACGGGCUGGGUGCCCUACCAGCUGCCGCUGUCCUGGUCCGCACUGCAAGGGCUCAAAGCUGUUCGGACGUUUUGCACUUUGCAAACAAGCUCACAGGUUGACUUUGAAGCUCGACAACGGGCUGAGUUAAUGCCAUCAAUUCCCCAGGCUGAGGCUCAAGCCGGGAGCCGGAAGUCGGUCGCACCGAUGCAGGCCCCGGCUUUUCCGCCAGGACAGGAGCAGAACCUGAAAUUGGGAAAUCAGCCACAGGAGGCCUUGCUGGAGUUUCUCGUCUGCGAGACGGAGGAAGAGCCGCGACAGGUGCGCCUGAAGGCGGAUGCAUUUGUUGCUCAACAUGGCACACCUCGCAAACAGGUGAGAGACGCAGACAGCGAGGAAGAAGAUGGAUCAGCCGAUGCGGGAAACACGGAUGGGCAGCCUGUCCGAGCAGAUGAGGAAGUAGACGACUCCGACCGGGACGACCUUGAUGAGGAUGAUGACGGACGUUCACAAAAUACGCACUCUGGCGAAGGGGAGGGUGUGGAGAAGCGAACGACAGAUCAGGGUGGAUCCCAAAGUGGUGAAGGGGCCGAGUUGGAACAAGAGGAGGAGCCAGAAAUGUCUGAUAUGCCGUGGGUAGCACCGUGGCCGAACCAAAACCCCCAUCCGCUGUUGAUGAAGAGUUCGAUUCAAGAAUUCCAGGCGCAGCUCCAAGGGGGAUGUUGGGUCAGCUUCGAAGAAAUUGAAGGAACAACUGCGACUUUCUGCAGUUACAUACCUCCUGGCGAACAUGUUCUCACAGCCACAUUGGAUACGUGCUGGGAUGGAGAACGUGCGCAGGCUUUCUUGCCUCCCAAGACCUGUCUUCUGCGGAUCUGUUUAGUGCUGCAAGAGCUGGAGCAAGGAACUUCCAGGACAGGGAUAGCAGCUGGUGAUUCCAAGCCAACACCCGGACCCCCCUGGCUGCAGACGGUCUUCAGCUACGAGCCACUGAAGCAGAAUGGCCGAUUGUCAGAGUCUCCGCCAACGGCCUCUCCAUGCAGCUGUGUUCUACAGGCCGUUAACAGUUGGAGACCCAGCAGCCAGCAGGCUCUGGAGCCGCCCGAUUGCAUCAAUCUCACGGUUGGCGAGGGGUCUCAGCCGAGCAGCAUAAGCUACUCAUCACUCCUACCACCAGGUGAGCACUGGUACCUGGUGAGCGACGACGCUGCCGAGCUGGCGGGUUCGGUGCUGUCGGUCAGCGUUGAGGGGCUGCUGCUCAAUGGUGGAAAGUCCUCAGUAGACUUCGUGGAGCCGGCAAAGGCUUUGGCCAAAUACCAGAUGGCGCUCCUACCAGUCGGCCCACUCCAGUAUCCAAUUCACACCGGGUAUUGUGUCUGGGCAAAGUCGGAGAUUCUGGUGUCAGAGGCUUACGCAGGCGACUUGCAAACGCUGCAGCUUCUCUGCCACCUGACCGAUGCGACCUUGUGGCCUUACAUCCAGCUGUCAUGCCUGCGCGUGUCAGAACUGGAGGCGAAGGCAGACGACCCUUUGGAGAAUCGCUGCGCAAGUUGGUCUGUGUCGACCGUGCUGAAGUCUCCACUGCUUCGUGUUAUGUCUCUGCCCUUGGAAGAUGAGGAGGCCACUGGACCGGCCAAGUAUGUUCUCAUGCUGGAGGCCAACUUGCCUCCGGAGGUGCUUCCAAAAACCGGCGGUGAGAUUUCGAUUCAGAUCUUUGGACCUCCUGGAACAGCCCCGGAGCCUGAAGAUCCUUCGGAAGGUGCCGAGAAAGACGGAGAAGAUGGCCUCGUCGACGAGGUGCCCCUGCAGCUUCACAUGUUGCCCGUGGACAAGGUGAUGCGCUGGCAGGGUGACUGUUCCGAAAAUGACAAGGGCCUGGUUCUCUGUGAGCGCAUCACUGUUCCUGCAGAUGGAGAUGUCACAAGCACUCUGCGCAUCACCGUGGAACGGCUCCCGCAGGCAUUUCUUCGCGCUACUCUCGUUGCGCAAAUGCCUCCGACCGAGGAUAUGCGACCACCCGACCCAGAAGGGAAUCCACUAGAGCCAUUGGUGCCGGGGGCACCGAUCAAUCCAAGAGAUUACAGCGGUCGGAGGAAUUGGUUGUCAAGAUGCAAGAAGGUGGCCGAAACCAGCGGGCUUGAGAUCGUAUCCUUCUCUCACGUGCUGCUACGACAAGCUUCGACCUACCUCCUCUACGUGCAUUUGGACCAGUUCAGGGGCCCUGCCAGCCUCGAUGGCGGAGCUUGGCUUCUUGAGAGCUUUGGCUCCGGCUCCUUGGAGGUCGGACCUGAUGCAAUGGAGCAGGACUUGGAGGAACUGGUUCGCAAGUCCUGGGAAUCUCCGCAGGAGGGAGACGCAAAACCGCGCUCCGAGAAGGCAGCAGAGACGCGUGACGCUGAGAUCGAAAGAAGAUCAGUAAUGGAACGCCUGUAG